AUGCCAGACGGCAGAUUCUACCACUUCAUUGAAUCAGCCCCUACAGUCCUCAUAUUCAGCACUCUCUUUGGCGUCGCCUUCGCCGUCGGUCACCACGUCUUCUACAAUACUCUAGACGAGCACGACACCCCCAACUCGCAAUAUCGCGUUGUCGGCACAAAAUACAGCAUAUCAGGCCAGCAAAUCAACGUCUCGGCUGGCACCGUACUUGCGUUUUUGACGAAUUAUUGGUUGAGUUUCGCGGUUUCGACGGCCUUUCAGCAAGUGGCGUGGAGGAAGUUGAGGCAGCAGGCGAACCAUCUGGGUACGAUUGAUCAUUUUUUAGAGAUUUUGGACAAUGGAUUGCUGUGCUUUUUGCCGGAGGUUUGGAGGAGGUUUACGUAUGGGAUGUUGAUCGCGAUUGUUUUUUGGCUUUUACCAGUUGCCUCAUUCAUCACGCCCGCAACGUUAACGGUUCAUAUGAAAGGCAUCCCGAAAUCGCAAAUGCAGCUCGUCCCCCGAGUCGAUUUCACGUCUAUGAACUUUGCCUUCAUUUCCGCUGUCGACGGCGCAUCGCCUUCCUACAGCUAUGAGGGCCCCCGGAACGGCGUUCAAAAGACUGUCACUCUAGCCCUAACCGACGGCGCAAUCCAGCCCAUUAGUCCACCACAAGCAAACGCGACUUGGGAACUGAGUUUCCACGGACCAGCGUUGACUUGCCAGGCCAUCAAUGCGAGUUUUCAUCAAGAGGUUGUAGACAACAUCUACGAGUCAAUGCAGGCUUGGGAUCCGGCCUGCGGCAUCUCAUAUGCUUAUAUCUCCUGGACACCUGACUCGUCCAUGGCAAAUGGUUCAUUGCCCUUUUCGAAUGUGACUGGCAACUACACACUCCGAAGUAGCACCGUGGGACCCGAGGGUGACAGGUUCUAUGCAAGUGACGGCUAUCCCUAUCCCACAGACUUUCCACCCCUUUCGAUAUACAUUGCGGCGCUGCCAAACAUGGAGACUGGAUUUCUCAACUCGGGCUGCAAUCAGGGCAACGCAGCUUUGGCGAAUACGACGAUUGUGGAAUGUUCGUUGUAUAAUGCUACUUACAUCAGCAACUUUACGUAUAUCAAUGGCGCUCAGACAAUAGACAGCAAGUUACCCUUGCAACACAUCAAUGAUGUGGGCUACAUCGGCGGUGCUGUUGGCGCAUACCCAUUGGGUCUAACAUACGAGAACGGCACCAGCAUCAUACCUGUAACACCUCAAGACUACAACACUACUCUCGUCGAAAUGUUUGCCUAUCAAUCCGUCAUGGAAUCCUUUGGCAAAAUGAUGGUCGGCACGGUCGCCAACACCCUGGGCGUUGAAUCCGGCUUUGUCUCUUCGCUAGUCGCUACCAAUACGAGCAUCAUGACUACAACUUUCCUACAGAGUAACGAACUUGCGUUUCUGCAAUCGGCAAAUGAAGGCAAUGAGCUCAGCGAAGACAAAUGGGAUUGGCCGGGAGACUCGAUAACGAUAUUUCAAAACGGCACAAUCCCAUUGACGAAUGCUCUUGAAGAGGCGUUUAGAAAUAUCACCUUAUCCCUCAUCGCAGAACAUACCCUACAACCAAACAUGUCCAGCCCCUAUGCCCCCGGCAUGGUAAAUGUGACCGUCACAAACUACACAGACGUCUAUUCCUACUCCAAGGAGAUUCUCUGGACCGCAUACGGACUCGGCGUAUUCCUCACUCUCCUCUGUGUCAUCAACGGCAUCAUCGCGUUCAUCGCAAACGGGCGUCGAACAUUUGAUACUAAAUUCUCAACCAUUCUCCGCACAACUCGCGACGUUCCGCUGAUUGAUAGGACGGAUGAGAAAAUGGAGUAUGUGCAGAUUCAUGACGAGGAUCGGGAUGGGAAGAGUCCGCUACCGCCGUAUUUGAGGAGAGCGGAGAUUUCGUUGUCGCAGAAUGAUUAUGCGCGGAUUCGGCAUGAUGUUAUGGAUGACGUGGAACUCGAUAAUGUGAAGGGGGCUCACCAUGAUGUUAUGAAUUAUGAUGGGGGGUCUAGUCGGAUGUAA